UCUCAAUAUCCUUAUCCGAGACCGAAUCAUUCAGCCAAUUCUCUGUGAGAACCAGAAUAUCAGGGAUUGUGUCCCUCACCCAGAUAUCAGGAAGGUCCAAACUGAGACACAAACAUAGACACAGCCAGGAGUACACUCAGACUAGCUUGGAACAUAGAGUAGCUUCUUGUUUUUUGUAAAUCUUAUCAGGGUGUUUGACAGUGUGUUGAUAAUUGUGAGACCUCUGUUGUUUUGGACCAAGAGGUUUUUCCUCCACACACUGUUUCACACUAGAAGGACAGACAAAGCGACAUAGACAGAAAGAAAAGAGAGAGACACGAUAAGCAAUAAACACACAGACAUUCAGUGUUGAAGACAGCCAUGGGAGUUGAAGAGCAGAAGGCUGGGGAGUUUUACGUGGAGAGGGAUGUUAUGAACGAGCUUGUUCUGGACGAGUUGGCCAGAAGACGGACUCACUCCACCAGACCUCCCCUGAAGGAGCGAGUGAAAGAUUCCCUCAGCUGUUCAGUGCCCAAGCUGAAACAAACUGUGCUGAGCUUUAUACCUAUCCUGUCAUGGCUGCCUCGUUACUCAGUGAGACAAGAUGCACUGGGAGACCUCAUAGCUGGCUUAAGCGUUGGCAUCAUGCACCUGCCUAUGGGUUUGGCCUAUGCUCUCCUGGCCUCUGUGCCCCCAGUGUAUGGCCUCUACACUUCCUUCUACCCUGUACUCGUCUACUGCAUCUUUGGCACCUCCAAACACAUCUCCGUAGGCACAUUUGCUGUGACCAGCAUCAUGAUAGGCACCACGACAGAGAGGCUUGCCCCAAACAGUGACUUCACGUUUCUAAAUGGAACCAAUGGGACUGCAUUUCUAAAUGUAGCAGCCCGCGAUGCCUACAGAGUACAGAUAGCAGCCAGCACCACUCUACUGAGUGGGAUCUUUCUGUUUCUGCUGGGCAUGGUGAGGUUUGGUUUCAUGGUGACAUUCCUGUCGGAUCCCCUGGUACGUGGUUACAUGACAGGAGCAGGUAUACAGGUGGUACUUUCCCAACUCCCAAGCCUCUUUGGGAUCAUCACUGGACGCUUCACCGGACCACUGUCUCAGAUCUAUCUCCUAAUAGAUAUCUGUAGACAUUUGCCACAGACUAACAUUGCGGCCGUGGUGGUAACUCUAGUGGCCUUGGCGGUCCUCAUAGUGGUCAAAGAACUCAACAUUUACUAUGAGAAGAAGAUGCCUGUUCCUAUUCCAAUAGAACUCUUAACGAUUAUAGGAGCGACACUCAUCUCUUACUACUGCAAACUGAACAGCCAAUACAAAGUGGCCGUCAUCGGAAAGAUCCCCAGAGGACUACAGCCUCCCAGUUCACCUAACAUCAGUCUGUGGAGUUCGGUAGUUGGUGAUUCGUUCGCAAUAGGCAUAGUGGGAUAUGCCGUUAACAUCUCCUUGGGCAAAAUCUUCGCCCAAAAACACAGCUACAAAGUGGACAGCAACCAGGAGAUGGUGGCUAUUGGUCUCAGUAACAUAGUGGGAGGAUUCUUUCAAUGCCACGUUGUCGCUGCUUCUCCACCCCGUACCCUCCUCCAGGAUAGCACUGGGGGCAAGACACAGCUUGUGGGGGUGGUUUCUUCAGUACUUGUGCUGAUCUUCAUUCUGCAACUGGGGUCACUGUUUGAGGAGCUACCCAAGGCUGUCCUAGCCUGUAUAGUGCUUGUGAACCUGAGAGGCCUUUUUGUGCAGUUUAAAGACAUUCCUGACCUCUGGAAGAGCAAUAAGGUUGACCUGCUGGUGUGGCUGGUAACGCUGGUGUGUACUAUCUUACUGAACCUGGACAUCGGCCUGGCUGCAUCCAUCGCCUUCGCUAUGCUCACUGUCAUCUUCAGAGCUCAACUGCCGCGAUACUCUAUCCUGGGGCAUGUUCCUGGGACUGAGCUCUACCUGGAUAGAGACACAUAUGAGGAGGCAAAAGAGAUACCAGGUAUCACUAUCUUCCGUUCAUCCACCACAAUGUACUAUACCAACGCUGAGCUAUACGUGGACGCAUUGCAGGAGAAGAGUGGAAUUGACAUUGGGAAGCUGCUGAUGAAAAAGAAGAAAAGAGACGGUGAACAAAAGAGGAAAGACAAAAAAGAACAAAAUAAAGCCAAAAAGGAGGCAAAGAAACAGAAGGGUGUGAAUGGAUACCUACCCAACAGUACAGUCCAUCCAGAGGACAAGGGGGAUGUAGAGAAUGGUUCCCCAGACCUGAAAGGGAACCAGAUGGCCAUUUCCCUAGUUGACAAACCCACCAACGGACAGGUGAACUGGGCAUUUGAGCAGCAAGGUACCGGGUUCGACCGGGGCUCUGAGACUGGUUUUCAUAGCGAUGAUCACAUAACCCAGAUGUCCAAUACCGGAGGAGGAGAGAUGGGGAAGAGCUCUGUCAAUGACACACACACCAUCAUCCUGGACCUAUCCACAGCCAGCUUUGUUGACAUGGCCACUGUGAAGACGCUGAAAAAUAUAUUCCUCAACUGUAGAGAGAUUGACAUUGACAUCUAUAUAACUGGAUGCCAAGUCUGUGUGGUGGAGCAGUUAUCGAUUGCAGGCUUCUUUUCUGAGUCCAUCCCUAAGAGCCGUCUGUUCCCUACGAUUCAUGAUGCGGUGCUACACAGCCUCCGCUUGCAUGGGGCCUCAGACGUACCCAUCAUCUACGAGUAUGCUCUGGACUUGACCUGCACUACCAAGAUGUAACCAACAGGGGUCACUUUGUUCCCCUUCCACUCCACCUUCCUCCUUUGGAAUAACUUUAGCUUUAGCCAAGGGGAAAAUGCCAAGGGGAAAACAUACAAUGGGUUAUUUCUUAAGCCUCACUGCUGAUGAUGUAAUCAUAAUGAUGUUGCAAAUUAUGUAAAUCAUUUUUCCUAAAACAGAAACAUGGUAGUUCAAUAUCCACUGAAUGAGUAUGAAUAGCAGAUAUUCACUCUGUUAUCCAAAGGUUGAGUGUUCAAAUCACAUCACGGACAACUUUAGCAUUUUAGCUAAUUAGCAACUUUGCAGCUACUUACCUCAUUUGAGCUACUUUGCAAAAACUUAGCAUUUUAGCUAGUCCUUCCCCUAACCCCUAGCCUAGCUAACGUUAUCCACCUAGCCAUCUAGCUAACGUUAGCCACAACAAAUUGGAAUUCGUAACAUAUCAUACUAAAUGACCGGAGACAGAUUUAAAUGUUCUACCACUGAGUCCAGGUUGGCAUCACAUAGCCUUGACCCACAUCUAUACAUCAUCAUGUAUUUCAGGGUCAAAUCAAUGCCAAAGGGAGUAUAGUUCUCCCCUAGUUUGAACACUGUUAUAGAGCUAAUUUUUCUGUAUCUUUCUGUAUUUUUCUAAAGAGGAUGUGAAUAAUUCAUGUUAAUGUUUAUUUUGAUCAUUUUACUAAAUUGUUCAUUUUCUGAUCUAAGUUAAUCUACUUUGAAUACAUUGAAUACAAUUUUUUAUUUUCUAGAAUUGAUUGACCACACACUCCAAUAUCUUAAAGUAAACAAUUCUUGUUUCUGAGUACAUGGCUAAAUAAACGGCAGUAAAGUGACCAGA